AUGUUCCUCCCGGAGCUGUGCAGUCAGUGCGCUCUGCUCCUGCUCGGAUUAAGCUCUCUGCUCACCUGCAGCCAGACUUCUUCAGAUUUAUCAGGUUACCUCUCGAGUGUGCUUCGGAACUACACAGAGGAAGUGUGCGACGGCGGCUUUUUAACCGUACGCUGCCCGCCCAGAACCACCAUCACCAUCCAGUCAGCUUUCUACGGCAGGAAAGCCUCCGUCCAUUCACAUCACUGCCCAGCACCUUACAGCAUCAGUGGUCCGCACUCAGCGAGAUCUCACGUUUCCUGUCAUGCUGCGACGGCGCUGCAGAAGAUGACAGAUGAGUGUGAAGACAGGAGGAGCUGUGAGGUCUUGGUGAAUAGUCGUCUUUUCGGGACUGAUCCGUGCCCGUCCGUUAGCAAAUCCCUCACCUUGCAGUACAAAUGCAGACCUAAUGAGUACAAGAGUAAGGUGGUGUGUGAAGCGGAGAAGCUGAGACUAAACUGUAAAACAGGGAUGCAGAUCGCCAUCUACUCCGCCAUGUUUGGACGCACCCAGGAGGGGACGCUGGAGUGUCCGCCACACCACCGGCGGGUUCCGUCUGUUGACUGCCAUGCGGAGGGCGCGCUGCAGGUGCUGACGUCACGCUGCCAGGGAAAACGCACAUGCGUGAUUCGAGCCUCGAUACUGGAGUUUGGAGACCCGUGUUACGCUGGGACGCGCAAAUACCUCAGUGUGAUAUACACCUGUGUUCCAAAGAAGUUAUUACAGGAAUCAGUUCAGGGACCCCCCUUUGCUUCGCCCCCCUCGCGACCCCAUGACCCCAAUGUGGUAGGAGACAGCGCGCCCCCUGAUGGUAACCUGCCCGUGACCGUGACCUCUCACCCUGCGCCAGGAAAGUCGAAGAGAGGAAAGUCUGAGCCAAAACUGGAAGAGAAGAAUCAACCCAAUGACAGAAAAAUAGACGAACAACCUGAGAAAGAGAUUAAACAAGACGAAUAUACUGAGACAUCACCUAGUGAUCCGAAUCCUGUAAUCAAAACUAUCAGCACAGAGAUGUCACUGAUUAGCAACGCCCUCGCUGCCUACACCUACAUUGGCGAGCACCCGGAGCGCUGUGCACUGUACUUCAUGUGCGGUGUUUGUGCUGGUCUCUUCCUUACACUCUUCGCCUUGGUCGUUCAGAUCUCCUGCAGGACUGAGUGUAAGCGGCAGCAAACGGUUGAAAAGAAGCGGCCUCGUCCAGCAGACUCGGACUCAGAUUCCGUUUCCGAUUCUGACUGGGACACGGGCUCGGACUUGUCGUCACGGCGGCGGCGGCGCUUUGAGCGCACACUCAACACAAACGUGUUCACCUCAGCCGAGGAGCUAGAACGAGCUCAGCGAUUGGAGGAAAGGGAGCGAAUCAUCCGGGAGAUUUGGAUGAACGGACAACCAGACGUGCCAGGCACGCGGAGCCUCAACCGCUACUAUUGAGCAUACAAAUGUUUGUACACACGAGUACACACACUGUGGCAUUGCCCGGUUAGGACCAGGACACCACUGGCAUCGCCUGGUUUUACGACUGGCUUUAGUGGGAGGUUUUUACUACAACGGACUAUAAAACUAAAACCUGCUGAGUUUAUGUUUGACUUCAGGUGAUUCAUGUUGAAAAUAAGCUUCUCCUCCUAAUGCUGUUGUCUACCUAUGAUUUACAGGAUGAUCCGCUGACAGAAUCUGUGUGAAAGCUAACAACUAAGGGUCUUUAUAAAUAUGACCUUCAACUUUCUUUUUUAACGCAUAGGAUGGCAAAGCUAAUUGGAGUUGUAGUCUGCAUGGAGGCCAACAGCUCUAGCUAAAGGGCCUUUUCAUGAUUUUGAGGCAGCUCUUAAAUAACACAUAAGCUCUAAGCAGCUCUCAUGCUCAGAUUGUUUCUUUCCUCUGCCUGACAGAUUACAACUCAAGGCAGCCACAUGAUCUGAGGACGUUUUUCUGAGUGACAAUCUGGCCAAGCAGUUUCCUUGCUGAUGUGUUCAUUCUAAACAUGCCUUCUGUUCUCUUACAGUGGAGAUGCAGUAGUCUUUGGACCAAGAUUUUUUUGGUCUGAAUACAAGAAAACCUUAUUAAUUUAAAAAGAAAAGGGUGUUUUAUAUUUAUUCUUAAUAACAUAGAGACAGACGGUCAAAUGAGGUGAAUGAGACAACAGCACAAAUUCAAAAACUAAUUUUACAAAUUUUAUAACAGAAUACUAGUUUAACACGACCUUUGUGAUACGGUACUGCCUUCUACUUCAUAGAAAAUGUAUAAAAUGCUUGAAAUGCAUCUCAGCCCUUAUAUAAGAUUAUAUUAGUACUUAAAAUUUGAAUAUUUUUCUAUAUAUUUUUCCCUGAAUAGUUAUGAAAUAUUUUUUAUACUGUGGCAGCAUUUCUGUGAUAGCUCAGGGAUGUAAUCCGAGUGUUUCCAUGUAAAAUGUUUUUAUUUUUAUAUCAAAAAAUGGGAUGGAUGUUACUGCAAAAGUGUCUGUAUGUAAACCUCAAAGAGGUUAAAGCUUAGUUUUAGAGUGAAUAGGUUGUAUCGUGCAGACGAAACA